GUCUUACUAGUGGCGGACUCGGAUGACUGCUCCUCCGCGCCAUACUUAAAAGUAGCUUGGUCAAGUGAUUUCGUUCCUUCCGGCGCUCACUUUGUUUCACAUCCUUGCGCCCUCCGUUUCCGCCUCGUGUCCUGGUUCGCUAUUAUGCUCGCCGCAGCCCCCAUCGAUCUUACCUUCGACGACGACGAUUGGCUAUCCACAGCCCCCCCUUUGCUGUACAGGUCAACAAGUGUCGGAAGUAGCUGGGGAGUCACUUCGAUAGGUCGCGGCUUUGAUUGGUCUACGAAAGAUGAUGAUGAAGUCGAAGUCAUAUCGCAACCUGAAUGUCCAUUGGAGAAAAUGCCACCAUUCAUCUCACAGGAUCUUCCAAAGCGCGAAGACUCCAAACCCGCAGUGGUUAGUCGACCGUCUCUACUGGUUUCUCCAGUCUCUGUCCGAUUGCUUUCUCAACCCCAAACGACCUCUCCCCGCUGUGAACCAUUGACGAUAUCCCCAUCUGCAUCUACUCCCAACCUAACGGAUUCUCCGAUCUCGGCCUCUCCGUCUCGUCCACUGUCGCGCUUGUCAUUGCGCUCGACAACCCCACUUCAACCGAAUGUCUCUGAAGCACAUCGUCCCCCACUUCCCCGCUCCCCUACUAUGUCGCGACCUCGUAGGAGGUCUUCACAGCAGCGUGUAUCCCUCAUCGCAGGACGCGUUAUGAUAGCCCCAAUAGAACCGCCUUCACCGCCUCCUACGAUGCCAAAAAUUCUACAUCGGUCAGGAAGCACUGGAAGUCUUUUGUGCCCGGUUGCGAGUACCUGUCCUCCGACCCCUGCUCGUGAAGCUUCCUCAUCACCCGAUGUCAAGACUAUAUCAGACUUUUUUAUUGAAGGUGAGAUCGGUCGAGGCGCGUACGGCCUCGUCAAAAGAGCGCGUGAAUACAAAACAGAUGGAUCCCUUGGGCCACCAUUGGUCUUGAAACAAAUAAUCAAGUCUCGCAUCCUUGCUGACUGUUGGAAACGACACCCACGGUUUGGCACGAUACCAAUAGAAAUCUUCGUCAUGUCUGUCAUAUCAUCAACGUCGUACACCUUGCCUGCAGUACGGCCAUGGGACCCAUCACGAUGUCGACCUUACGCUCUACCGGAUGGGGACACAAAGCGUUUGCAGCCUGAUUUAAUGGACUCCGAUGGAAGGCGGGAAGAAGGGAAAGAAAUCAAGGGACAUCCAAAUAUCUGCCCUCUGCUGGAUUUCUUCGAAGACAACCAUUAUUACUAUCUUGUCCUACCAUCUUCCUUGCCCGACAAGAAGUCGGAUGAGCCUCCCCCUCCAACAGAUCUGUUUGAUCUUGUUGAGGUCUAUCCCCAGGGACUUUCGCUCUUUGAUAUUCGCAGCUAUCUUGGACAGCUUGCAGACGCUCUAUGUUUCCUGCACUCUCAUGGUAUAGUUCAUCGAGACAUAAAGGAUGAGAACGUUGUUCUCGGGCCAAACGGCAAAUGUGUCUUGAUAGACUUCGGAAGUUCGGGACUUGUGAAGAAGAAUGGAUGGGACACAUUCAGUGGGACAUUGGACUACGCAGGCCCUGAAAUACUUCGCGGUGAGCGAUAUCACGGGAAGGAGCAAGAUGUGUGGGCAUUUGGUGUUGUGGCAUACGUCCUUCUCGUAGGAGAAUGCCCUUUCGUUACGGCAGCUGAAGCGCAAGAGGGGUUGACCUCGCCAUUCGCGAACGCAUCUAUUGCGCUGGAUGAGCGGUGCGGUGAUGAUAAAGAGAAAGAUGGAGAAGAGGGUGAUGGAGGUGGAGCAGCUGGAGAUGCCGCAGCCCUUGUCAGGGCUUGCUUGGAAGUUGACGUGGGUGCAAGACCUACGUUUGAGAGCAUUCUCCAGUGCCGAUUUUUGAACGGGGGAAAGGGUUGGGGGUUGAAGCUGCCCUUCGGUAAUCAUCAACACAUAUCUCCACAACCGAGCGCAUUUCCAGCGCGUGUCACUUAAUCGCAGGCAACGAGGCAGGCUUUUUGUCAAACUCUCACUGAUCCUCAUGAGGAUCUGUUCAGCCUAUCUUUGUGCUCCGAUAUCUCUCCUUUUAUGUCGUUUCUUUUUAUCUCAAACCAUCAAAUCUCACCGUAUCAGCAUCAGAGGCCCCACAAUAUUGAUCUGUUUCAACUAGCUAGCGCAUAUUCUCAUCGAUAGUACAAGAUAGUAGCAUCUGUGACCUUCACCUUAUACAUUAAUCAUAUGUGCGA